AGCCGCUCCUCAGUUUACAGGUCGACCACAACAAAGCAACAACUCGUUCUUUUGCGCUGUCCCGGAUAUUCCGAGCUAAAAUAUGGCUUUUUAAAUUCGUGAAGCUGUUGGACCCGAAAAGAAGUCGUGCUUUGCUUUUGCAACGCACCCCCAAGUGCUCUACAUUUUUUUCUGCAAGAAUGGAGUUUCAUUAUGCUCACCCAGCCCUGCUCUCUGUGGCCCAUCUGUCAGACCCUGCUUUCUCUCAGCAUAUGCUUGGACUUGGACUGAAUCAAAGCACCAACAGACAAAAUGAUGGCAACAUCAGCUCCUGUUUGGAAGACUCUUCGUGUCUGCCCGGCAGACCCCCUCGCUCUCUCUCACCCACAGGCUAACCACAGCCAAUCACAGGGGUGCAGGGGGGAGGUGUCAGAGGAGAGUCAGCACUUAAUUGGUGAUGGUCUCACUGACUGGAUGACGGAAGAAGUGGAUUUCUCCUCGUACCUCCCAAACCCCCCUUCCCCUCCCUCCUCCACCAAUGCCUCCCUUCCCCCUUCACCCCUUCAGAAUGAUAUCCAGGUGCCCUCUGACUUGGAGGUCAUGACCUCCUUGCUGCAGGAGGAACUUGCCCAACUAGAGGACUACUUCCUGUCUGAACCAGUGCCAGAGAAAGGGCCGAGGCUGGGAAAAUGUGACAGGGGUCCACUGCCGGUGGGUCCUCAGCCGUUCAGUCAGCUGCCAUACGCAUCAUACUCUACAUCCAACCAAUCGGAAUCCAGCCCACUUCUUGUUACCCUGGCAACCGGAGAACUGGACCUGCUGAGUAUCUGUGGCGGGCCCAUUGGGCGAUCCAAAAUUCCAAGACACGCCCCGUACAGCUGCAGUCGCCCCAGUGGGUGUGGUAGGAAAAGAGUUCCUGAUAGUGUUAGGUUCAGUGAAGGCUAUGAUAACAGUUUGUUGAAUUCCAAAGGAAGCAACUCAGGUAACUCAGCAGUGACCCUGACAGGUAAUUAUGGCUGUGUAGAAGACGAGCAGCUGGUAGGAAAAAGCUACUGUCUGGGUAGCGCAGUCGAGGUCAGAAGAUGUGCCGUUCUACCCAAAGAAGAGAAAAAUUGCUGUUUCAGUCAAGAUGUUAUUGGUGGUGCAAAAGUUGUUGGUGGAGGAUUUGGCUUUGGUGGAUCACUUGAUGUCCCACACAAGAAAGAAGAUUUGUUGAUGUAUAGCAUGAGGGAGGUCAGUGGAGGUACCAGUAACAGCGAGGUGCUGAACAGUAUCAAAACUAGUGUGGAGGUGACAAAAGCCACUGUUUCUUGGAAAACUGAGAACAGUGAAGGUUGUUAUCUUCCAACAACACCGCAGCCUGAGGCCUAUCAUAGCUUUUUAGGCAACAUCAAUGACCAGGUCAAAUCAGAGAGUCUACAAAUAGGGCAGCAUGAUUUACACUGUAAUUUCCUUGAGGAUCAGGGGCCAGAGUGUCUUUUAAUGGCUAGGGAGAGUCUGAACUUGGAGUCCUCAGGGCACAGACAAGCAUGCAGGCUGAAGGAAGACCACUCUGCUGUGAAAUACGAAGUGGACAUCACUCCAGUUGAAGGCGGUGAACGCAAACAGAAGAAGAGAGAUCAGAACAAAACUGCCGCUCACAGGUAUCGCCAGAGAAAAAGGGCGGAGCUAGAUUCUUUGGAGGAACAGUUGCAUUGUCUUGAAGGGAGGAACCGGGAGCUCCGGGACAAGGCAGAGUCCGUAGAACGUGAAAUCCAGUAUGUUAAAGACCUGCUGAUUGAAGUUUACAAGGCCCGUAGCCAAAGGCUCAAGCAGGACACAACAGGGUAACACCAAGCUCCUGCAAGUACAUUUAAAGAGGGUGUAACAGGGAAAAUGUGGAGCUUUUUGUGUCUUUAAGAUUGUCCAGAAUUGAAUGUUUAAUUUAGUUUUUUCAUGGCGGGCGGGGUAAAUGCAUGCUUUGCUAUGUGUGAAUUAUUUUUUACAUUUCAAAUCAACACUAUCCAAUGCUUCCACUGCUUUCGCACUCUAUUCACUUGAGCCUGCACUGUGGCAUUGCAAUGCUUUAAAUGACAAUCAUUUUUAAUAGGUCUCGCACUGCGUGAAUUUACAAAUUGAAAUAGGGUUAUUUCUUAUGAAGUAAUGUUAUUCAUUAUGCAGGUUUAAUCUUUUUAAUAGCCUUACAUUGGAAGUGAUGUCAGCAAUAGAACUUGAUGUUUUGUUUUCAGUUUUAAACUUUUAUUUGCAAUUACUGUAUCACCCUUUUGAAUUGCUGAAGUAUGAAAUAUGUCGUUGGUAUCAAAUGCAUCAUUUUAUUUUGAACACAUCUUUCAAACCAAAUAUUUUCUAGAAUAAUUUCUAGUCACCCUAAAACAGCAAAUGAUAUUUCAAUUGCUAUAAAUAUUUUGAAAUAUAAAUGUGUUGACUUAUACAAUUGCGGAAAGAACCGCUGACAUACAGAGGGGGAAAAAACUUUUUGUCAACCUUAGCAAAAAAUGUAACAUUUUUAUAAUUUCAAUAUUUUAUAUUUUAAAAUGUUUUUUGACAAAGCAUUUGAUCAACUUUAGGUCUAAUAUUCAGUAGUUCAUGGGAUCUCUAUAUAUAGAGAUGUUAGAAAUGUUACUUUGUCUACUAUAUUUACAUUUGGUUUUCUGAGAUUUGCAUUACAUGUGACAAAUCACCUUCUUUUUUCAGCAGUGGCUGCAAAUAUUGCCCCAGUUAUAGAUUCUGUGAGCAAAAGAGAAGUAAUUUAAUAUUUAUACUAUUUUGAAGAUAGAAACUGGCAUUUUUUUUGUGUUUGUGGCAAUUUGUAAAAUUUUCUUCUCUUACAUAUUGCAAAUUAUACAAUCUCUUUUGCAGUUAAGGAUAUGCAAUUUAUCCGACAAAUGCAAGUUGAUAAUUUAUUACAGGAGAUUACAUACUCUUCUGACCUUCAUUUUACAUGGUAAAGAUUUCACUGACAUACAGCUUUUCCUAAUGUAAAAAAUUGGUUUUCCAAAUGUACAAAUGUUGUAACUAGUGGUAGUAACUAGCAGUCUCCUUCUGCAUGUUUUUCCAUAAAUGUACCUUUUCUCUGUCUCUGGAAUAGCAAAUUUAGGAUUUCAGAAAUAAAUCGGGGAUUCUUUCUCUAAUCUGCUUGUUAAGGCAAUAAGUUUUAUAGGCCUCUGGCUGAUCUGCACUAAUUUGUAAGAACUUUUGUAUAUUCAGGGAGUGGAGUGUGUAAGUCUUUUCUUUUUAGAAAAUUAACUUUAAAAAAUCUCAUUAGACUAUUUGUUAAGGCUUUUGCAGUGUUAGCUUUGGUGUGAGAGGAUAUUGUCUAAUUUGUUUUCCAGUUCUUUUGUUGCUAUUCUUAAAAAAAAAAAAAAACCCACUAGUUACUGUUGAACAUGCCUAUACUGAGGAUAGAUUUUUUUCUAUGCAUAUUUAUUUUAAGACAAUCUUGAAAAUAAGCGGUGACUUAUGGAUAUUUAUUUAUAUUCAGUUUUUGGCAAGAAACCCGUGUCACAUUUUUGACCCCCCUGCGGUGUACUAUCAACUCCGAUUGUUAAAACCAAAAAUGUGUAAUGACAACAAAAUUUAAAAGCACAUUACAAUGAUUUGUAAUGACAAGUUCAUUUAAUCAUAUAUGCGUAUUUCCUUUGUGUGUCGUCAACUUUUUUCAUUUCAAAAUAAAAUGUCAUCA